UCAUAUAUCUGAAAGGGCGGUGAGUGACUUAGCGUUACUGCGCGCAGAAAUCCUAAGGAAUAUCGUGUUUAGAAGACUUCAUUCAGAGUCUUGACGUUGUAUCUGAUAGUUUUCAAUAUAGUCUUCCGUCGUCGUUGGAAAAAAGGAAGUAACAUUAAUUCUCACGUUCUGAAUAGCUUUUUAAAGGCGUCGUGAAGGAGAAAUAUGGGGAAUUGCCACACAGUAGGACCAAACGAAGCCCUGGUGGUAUCAGGUGGCUGCUGUGGCUCUGAUGAGAAGAGGUAUACAGUGGGCGGCUGGGCCUGGGCAUGGUGGCUCAUCACCGACAUACAGAAACUCUCUCUGGAGAUAAUGACCAUCCUCUGUCGCUGUGAGAAUAUCGAAACUUCGGAGGGUGUCCCCUUGGAUGUGACAGGGGUCGCUCAGGUGAAGGUCAUGACUGACAAAGAGCUGCUGGGUUAUGCCUGUGAACAGUUCCUGGGCAAGACAGUGGCAGAGAUUAAAAGUGUCAUUCUGCAGACGCUGGAAGGUCAUCUGCGCUCUAUUCUAGGGACUCUGACGGUGGAGCAGAUCUACCAGGAUAGGGAUCAGUUUGCCAAGCUGGUGAGGGAGGUGGCAGCACCCGAUGUGGGCAGGAUGGGCAUCGAGAUCCUAAGCUUUACUAUUAAGGAUGUCUAUGAUAAGGUGGAAUAUUUGAGUUCUUUGGGGAAAUCCCAGACUGCUGCUGUUCAGAGAGAUGCUGACAUUGGGGUGGCUGAAGCAGAGAGAGAUGCUGGGAUCAGGGAAGCAGAAUGUAAGAAGGAGAUGAUGGAUGUGAAAUUCCAAGCCGAUACAAGAAUGGCAGACUCAAAGAGAGAGCUGGAGAUGCAGAAGGCUGCCUUCAAUCAAGAAGUGAACACAAAGAAAGCUGAGGCUCAAUUGGCCUAUGAGCUUCAGGCAGCCAAGGAGCAGCAGAAGAUCAGACUGGAGGAGAUUGAAAUCGAGGUGGUUCAAAGGAAAAAGCAGAUCACCAUUGAAGAAAAGGAGAUCCUGAGGACAGAAAAAGAGCUGAUCGCCACCGUGAGGAGACCAGCUGAGGCUGAAGCCUACAAGAUGCAACAGCUUGCAGAGGCACAGAAGAUGAAGAAGGUGUUGAUGGCACAGGCUGAAGCGGAGAAGAUCAAGCGUAUUGGAGAAGCAGAGGCCGGCUCCAUUGAGGCUGUGGGUAAAGCUGAAGCAGAGAAGAUGAGGCUCAAAGCUGAGGCCUAUCAGCAGUACGGAGAGUCUGCAAAGAUUGCCCUCGUCCUUGAGGCUCUGCCAAAGAUCGCUAGACAGGUGGCAGCACCCUUGAGCCGUACCAAUGAGAUUGUGAUCCUGAGCGGCGACGGUGGCCGUGUCACUGGGGAAGUGAAUCGUCUUUUGGCUGAACUCCCUGUUUCUGUAAACGCCCUCACAGGGGUGGAUCUGUCCAAGAUCCCUUUGCUUCAGAUGAUGACCAAUCGUCAAGCUUGAACACGCUCGUUCCACUCUGCUGCCUUUCUGAUACUCCCACAUUGAUUGCCUUAAAAAGACACAAGUGAAAGCUAUUUUAUUUUUACAGAAAUGAGGCUUUGAUUUUUUUUAGACCCCUGGUGCCUUACCUCUUCAGGACCAGAUUCUCUGCAUGUGUUCUUGUAUUGUCACUUAUAUCCUUUUUUUGUCUGUUUGUUCAAACGACGUACCACAAUUCUAGUUAUUUUGUUAAUCACAGAACGGUUUCAGAAAUUUCACCAGUGGGCAGCUGCAGAUCUAUGUGUAUGUAGUGAUUUAGAAGAUAAGGAUGUUUUCCCAUUUUAAUGAGUAGCUAAGGUUGUAUUCACAGUUAUUUUUAUGCAUUGGAUGAAGGUAUAAAGAAGCAUAGUGUAGAAGAGCCAUUAGGUUUGUUACAGCAUGUUUAGUGGAUUGAUCAACUGGGCUUUUAAAAUCAUGAAGACAUUGCUGUUCAGGUCAAAUAGUGACACAGGAAAAGAGGAGGGCUGACUUUUAGUUUAUCUACAUUUAGACAUAGGUUCAUUUGUAACAUCUUUUUGUACAGUUCAAAUGUGAAUCACUAGUAAUUUAAUAUUUUUUUAUAGUGGGAUGAAAACAAUAAUCAAAUUUGUUACUUUUUAAAAGUUUGCUUUUAGGGUUGUAGGUCAAAUCACACUUGCGGUCACUGUGCAGUCAAUCAUGAGAAACUACGCCAUGUAAUUCAUAAUCAUAUCUCUAUGUUUAUUCUUUGAGAAUGUUUUGCUUAUUUUUGGAUGAUUAUUAAUGAGAACCAAGAUUCCAAGAAAAGGCCAAAAUAUACUGAAUUAUCAGGAUUUAGAAGAGUAUAUCUAUUUUUAAUUGCAGAAAGCCUCAGAUAAUUUACCUCACGCAAUGUUUAUGCAGAUGAUAAAGCUUUGGUCCUCUUCCAUUAACUGCAAGUAAUAUAUUAUGACUGCAGUGAAACUAGACUACUGUUAAAUCCAGAGGUUUGGAGAUUAUUUAUAUACGCUGCGCAUUUGAAGUUGAACAUCUACCAUGUCCAUAGUUUCCUUGAAGACACUAUGCCUUAGGGAGUUUUCCCCAUAUUGAAUAAUUUCAUUUUUUAUUCAGUGAUGCAUUUUGAUCAUGUCAGGACUUCUUCUUCUCUUUUAUGUUUUAACUGCAAUACUUAAAAUAAUGACACACAUUCUUUAUUCCUAAAGUACUAGUUAUCAAAAUCCAGAUAAUGUGAGAGCUCUGUCAGGUAUAUGUGAAUUUUUACUCCGCUUUAGCUAUUUGUAUUUCAUUUUUUUCCAUUGAUAGUGACUAUAUUUUAGUGUUUUGUUUUCUUCUGAUUUCCAUUUUGCCAUUAUGUCAUGAAUAAUGCAAAUCAGUUUGCCAAACAUUAGGUCAAACAGAAUAUCCACAUUUAUUUUACACUGCUGCUGAAUCAUAAAUGAUCCGGUCUUUUGUUCAUAAUCAGAUGCCAAAUAUAAAGGUUUUUACAGGACACUUUGGCAAAAAUAUUUGUGACAAAAAAAAUGUUCUGUUUGUUAGAAACAAGUUCAUUAAAAUUGAUGUUCAAUUUUCGUUCUUCAAAAUGAAGUGUGUUUGUUAUGACAUGAAUAUCUCUUUCAACUGGGAACUGUGGAACAAUGUAGCUAUUGUUAAUAAGAUGUUGCACACAUCUAAAAUCAACUUAAGGCUUUUAAAACUUUUCUAUGCUUAAUCUAAACUAACGAGAGCUGGUGUUUCAGAGCUGGGUGUGUUUGGUCCAGAUUUGUGAUGUUUCCUCCAAUAACAAUAACAUACUGAGAAUGUGUUAUAUAGCAGUGCAUGCCUAAUGCCUAUAACGUCUUGUAGAAUGAAUAUAUAGAUUACAAGUUAUGUAUCCAAUAAGAAAGCUGUUUCUGAUCACAGUCAAUAAAUUCCUUCUUGAUUAA